UGACUUGAGAGUCCGCUAUUUCCGCAAUGCACAUACGUAGGUGGGUCUGGUAGUGCGAAGGACCGGGGCUGAGAUUGGUGCGUCGAAGUGGCAUGAUGUCUUCCAAAAUGGACAUUACAAGCUUGCUAUAAACGGCGGCAACGCCAGCGAAGCGUGGUCGCAUACACCCAACUUCACACCAUGCCUCUCCAAUACAACAAAGUUCUCGUCAUUGGCGCAACGUCGGGCAUUGGCUGGGCACUCGCCGAAAGAAUUGUACAAGAUGGCAAACAUGCCAUUAUUGUCGGGCGGCGACAAGACAAGCUGGACGAGUUCAAGAAGCAGCACGGCAGCGAGCGGGUCGACAGCGUUGCCUUUGACAUUACCAAGCUCGACGAGAUUCCCAAGUUUGUGCAGGAGGUGACGAGCAAGCACCCGGAUCUCGACUGCGUCUUCCUCAACUCGGGCAUCCAGCGCGGCUUCGACUUUUCCAAGCCCGAGACGGUGGACCUGGGGCUGCUGGAAAUGGAGUUUCGCACAAACUACCUCUCGUACAUGCACCUCACGACGGCCUUUAUCCCGUUUCUGCAGAAGCAAGACAAGGAGACGUCGCUCGUGUACACGACGUCUGGGCUCGCGCUCAUGCCGCUGCCACGGUGCCCCAACUACUGCGCGUCCAAAGCAGCGCUGCACCACAUGAUUCUCGUGCUGCGGCACCAGCUGGCCAAGGGACCGGGCCACAUCAAGGUGAUUGAGAUUUUCCCGCCGGCGGUGCAGACGGAGCUGCACGAUGCCAAGCACCAGCCGGACAUCCAGGACGGCGGCAGCAUUGGGAUGCCGCUCGACGAGUUCACGGACGAGGCGUGGGCGGGGCUGGUGGCGGGCAAGGAGCAGAUUCCGGUGGGCUUGUCGGCCAAGGCGUUUGAUGCGUUUGAGAACAAGAGGCAGGACAUGUUCAGACAGAUAUUUUUAUCUUAGUGUUGGCUGGGCGCGCAGGCUGGACUGGGCUGGAGCCACCUAUGUUUAGACACGUCACGUGAAGCGGCGGACGAGGCAGCACGGGGCGCUGGCUUGCGACGGUGGUGAGUGUCGAGUAAUGUAGCCAUGGAUGGAUCAAAGAAACAAGAAGCAGCGGCUCC